UUAUACAUAUAUAUAGUGUUUGCAUGCCAAAAAAAAAAGAUGUUCUUCUCCAUAAUUCUUGCUCUUGUGCUAGGAUUUUUAGCCUACCUCUAUGCUUCUCUCGUUAUUAAGCCCCGAAAAAUACGAAAAAUCUUGAGGCAACAAGGAAUCGAUGGGCCCCCUCCGAAAAUCCUCGUCGGAAACAUACUCGAAAUCAAGAAAGCUAUUGAUGCUGCCGAAAAAACCUUCCUCCACCGUCCUCAACCGCCACCUCUCAUCCACGACACCGCCACCGUUUUCCCGUUUUUAGAGCAGUGGAGAAAGCAAUACGGUCCAGUAUACGCGUUUUCUCUCGGUAAAAUGCAAAUAGUGUACGUGAAUGAUCCCGAUUUGGUGAAAGAGAUAGCCACGUCCACGUCGAUGGAUUUAGGGAAACCUUCUUACCAGCAGACAGAACUCGGCCCUUUACUCGGACAUGGCAUUUUGACCUUGAAUGGUUCCGUAUGGGCUCGACAGAGGAAAAUCAUGGCUCCUCAAUUAUUCAUGGACAAAGUCAAGGGAAUGAUGAGCAUAAUUACCGAGUCAGCUCUUACGUUGGUGAAUUCUUGGAAUGAUAUAAUCGAGGCAAACGAAGGUGGAUCAACAGCCGUUGAUAUCUCCGUCGACGACUAUCUGAAAAAAAUCUCGGGUGACUUAAUAUCUAGAGCUUGUUUUGGUGGUAGCUAUUCCAAAGGGGAAGAGAUUUUCUUGAAGCUUGAGUCACUCCAAGAGUUUAUAUCCAAAAAGGCAAUGUCUAUUGGCAUUCCAGGAUUAAGAUAUCUUCCUACAAAGAGCAAUAGAAAAAUAUGGGAGCUAGAGAAAGAAAUCAAAGAAUUGAUCUUGAAGGUGGUAAAGGAAAGAAGAGAAGGAGAUGGAUAUGAGAAGGAUCUAUUGCAGAAGCUUCUAGAAGGUGCGAAGAGUGAUUAUGCUACCUCGGACGAGAUCAACCGUUUCAUUGUAGAUAACUGCAAGAACAUCUACUUGGCUGGUUUCCAGACAUCCGCAGUCUCCGCGUCCUGGUGUCUCAUGUUGUUGGCUUCGAAUCCCAAAUGGCAAACACGUGUUAGAGAUGAGGUUGUUGAAGUAUGUCAGGGUCAAAUCCCCGACCUUGACAUGCUUCGUAAGAUGAAAAAGUUGAACAUGGUGAUUCAAGAGACGUUGCGCCUUUACCCUCCGGCACCUACCCUGUCGAGGGAGGCGUUGGAAGACAUGCAGAUAGGCGAUUUGUGGGUCCCACAGGGCGUCAUUCUCUGGACAAUGGUGGCGACGUUGCAUACAGACACCGACACGUGGGGACCGGACGCACUCGAAUUUAAACCUCAGAGGUUCAAGAACGGGAUCGUUGGAGCUUGCAAAAGCCCGAGCUCGUACAUGCCGUUUGGGUACGGGCCACGGGUCUGCAUCGGUCAACAGCUGGCUAUGGUCGAGCUCAAGUUGCUGAUGUCACUUAUUUUGUCUAGUUUCUCCUUCACUCUCUCUCCUAAAUAUGUACACUCCCCAGUUAUGACUAUCAUCGUAGAGCCUAAGCAUGGAGUUAACAUUUUGAUUAAGAAGCUGUGAGAUGUCAUCACCUAUGGGAAA